AGCCGAACAGCCCUCAAAAUGUAAGCCAAACCCAAACGGCAUCUUCUUCCCCAGUCUUGUGACACUAUCGAUCGAGUCAUCCCGCUACUUCUACCUGAAUGUUCUUCGCGCGUUUUACUGUACUGAGGGAGGGAUUCUACUCAGCAUCUUAUCCUCGGUUCUUUCUGGAGGAUAAAUUUGAAUCAUACACUUGGCAAAAUUCUUGAGGGUUAAGUGUGGUUGAAUCUACUUUCGUCUUUUGGUUGAAUGUUUGAUGUGAAUUUCAAAAAUCUCAAAAGUUGAGGAGAGAAUGGCAAUAUUUGACGAAGAAAAUCUAGAAAGAAUCGAGUAAAAAGGGGAAAAUCAACUGCGAGAACAAUAGCGGGGGUGCGCCGAUCAGAAGAGAGAGAGAGAGAGAUUCCUCACUACUUUCUCUCUGGAAUAGCUAUCAGAGCAGGUUGCAAGAGUAUUUUGCUUCUUCUAGGUGUGGACAUGGAUGAUAAUGUGCAUAAGGAGAACGUAAGACACAAGACUGAUCAUUAUAAAUCAGUUCAUGCACAGUGGAUGAUGCCUCAGCAUCAGAUGAAAGACAGCCCUGCACUGAAGCUUAUGACCCUCUUAACCGAGCGCGACAAUGCCAUUCAAGAACUCAACAUAGCCAUUUCCGAAAAGCGAGCUGCUUUGGCUGAGAGAGAUAUGGCCAUUGUACACCGUGACGGAGCCAUCGCAGAGCGGAAUGCCGCCAUCAUGGAGCGUGACAACGCCCUCGCCGCACUCGACUAUGCCCGUCAAAAUAGCCUGAACGGCCAUGGCGUUCCAGCAAGUCCUCCCCAGCAUCUAACUGAGCCAUAUCCAAUGCCAACAACAGCUUCUGAUGAUGCUAUUAAGGGACGAAAGGCUAAGCGGUCAAGGAAGGAGAAGAAAGAUCAAGCUAAGAAAGCAUCCAAGACGCCAAAGAAAGGCAGAAUUGGUGGUGGGGAGGAUCUAAACAAGCAGAUUUCUGAUUUCAAGUACCAGGAAUGGAAAGUAUGGAAAGUUCAGGAUCUGGGUUUGAAUCAGGUCCCUUUUGAUGAGUCAAUUAUGCAACGGCCGCCGGGGUGUUCAUGCACAGGGAAGCUACAGCACUGUUACAAAUGGGGAAGUGGAGGAUGGCAAUCUGCUUGUUGCACUAAGACGCUCUCCAUGUACCCUCUGCCAGUCAUGCCCAACAAACGCCAUGCGAGAGUUGCAGGGAGGAAGAUGAGUGGCAGUGCCUUUGUCAAGUUGCUUACCAGAUUAGCUGCUGAAGGCUACGAUCUCUCUGCACCUCUGGACCUUAAGGAUCACUGGGCUAAGCACGGCACAAAUCGGUACAUAACCAUAAAGUAAUUUUUUUUGCUAUUUAGGAUUUCUGUAAUUUAAGCAGUUGUUGGGGCUGAAGAUUAAGCCGUUCUUGGGGAAUAAAAUGCAGCUUUGCAUGUGAAAUUCUAUCUUCUAUUUGGUACUUGUUCUCUCCCAAUGGAGAAAUUAUUACGGGUAUGUAUAAUAGUAGAGUCCACAUGCUUGUGAACUCCAAUGAAAUCAAAUCACAUGAUUUAUAUAUAGGAUAUGUAUUAUACA